AGAGGCCUCAACGAAUUAUAUUGCUUGCAGCUGCAGAAGAUUCUUCUGAAAAGUUGCAGCGAUCAAGUUCAUCAAUGGCUCGCUCUAUCUCCAACGCAAAGCUCGUCUCGUCUUUCAUAGUUGAUCAAUGUUCUGUUGUUGCCCGGCGUGGAUACGCAGCGGCAUCGCAGGGUGGCGUAUCGGAAAACGUGAGGAGCAGUGGGAUUGGAAUGAUGAAGAAAGUAGGUGAAGAAUCGACGAGAUCGACUCCGUGGGUUCCUGAUCCGGUAACUGGUUACUACAAGCCAGAAGGCCAUGUGAACCAAGUUGAUGCAGCUGAACUCCGUGAGUUGCUUUUGAAGAAGAAAACUCGUGGAAACUAAAAGCUUCGCUGAUCCAGAAAUCAAAAUCGGUUUCAUAUACACAACAUACUGAUGUUGUUUAUCAUGGAAGAUCAAAGCAGAUCAGAUCGUGAUAUUAUUGACGAGUUGCUAUACGAUUCUUCAUCUCUCUAUCUUAAUAUAGCUAUUACAAUUCAUGUGUACCAAUAAAACUUGCAUCAGUAGUAAACGUUAUUGCUUUCUAAUUAUCAUAGCAUCGAUUCAUGGGUCGCAAUAUUU